AUCUCCUCAUUCAACGCCUGAAACCGCUCGACACUUCGCUGCUCGAACAUUUCGACAAAAGAUAACUCUCGACUUGCAUCAACUCGACAGUGCCGCUCGCAUUUCCCUUCGCGAUUCGCUUUUAGAAAUUCUUUAUCAAUAUCAUGACGGUCCUCGCAAUAUUGUCACUCAAAUAUGUCUUUCUCUUGCAGCAUUAGCACUCCAGAUGCCUGAAUGGCAAAAUGUUCUUCCUCAGCUUACAGAAUUGUACGGUAAAAAUCCUGUUACUGUUAAAUGUUUAUUAGAGUUUCUUAAAAUUUUACCUGAAGAAAUUACUACAAAUAAUCGAAUACCUAUAUCG